UCACGCUGCAACUGCGACUCACCCAGCUUCAUCACAUCCACAUCUCUGCCUCUGCCGCGGACUCAAGCUUUAGUGUUUUUCUCUCAAAGGAGCCUUGCGGUUUAUUAACACAUCCCGCAGAAUAACUGGACGGUUAAAACUCGCGGAGUUAGUUUUUAAGUCUCUUAAUUUGAUUAACUUUCAUUCAAUGGGUCCGUGUGUGGUGCUGCUGUGCUCUCUGUUCGGAGUUCUCCUUGGACAAGGAGCUGAGCAGAUGUCAGUGGAGGACUGCUGUAAAGAUGGCCAGAAGCGGGGGAUGGAUAACCAGGACUGUGCAUCCCUUCCUCUUAUCUCGGGGUCUCCCACGUGCAUGAUCGUGCAGGAGCAAUGCUGUGUAUCAGUGCUGGAGGAUAACAUGUGCAACGCUGGCAUCAACAUGGCAAAAGACCAAGGAUUGUGUGAUACUUUGUUUGCCAACACAUGUGAGACCAAGACCACAAAGAUGUGCUGUAACUGCUGUCUCCUUGGAAAGGCCGCCCAGAAGCAUGGCCUCCCCUGUGACCACAACCUGUCCGUUAGCUACCAGUGUGGUCUGGUAUCCAGAGCCUGCUGCGAGUAUGGAGACCAGGACAACCAGACUGCACCCACAGGACAAACUGAAUUACUAAACCAAGAUGAAACCAUGGAAAAUGGAGAUAAUUCAGUACUAGCCGAUCAGUGCAAUGGUAAAUGUGCUCAUAUCUGCGUGAGCAAUGAUACCUGUUCCUGCUCUAAAGGCUACAAACUCAAACCAGAUGGAAAAAGUUGUGAGGAUAUCAACGAGUGUUUGCUUGGAGCCAGUAACUGUCGAGGAGGAGAGCGCUGCAUCAACACAGAGGGCUCGUUCCGCUGUCAGCGGGAGGUCAGCUGUGGGACUGGCUAUGAACUCACAGACAACAAUAACUGCAAAGAUAUUGACGAGUGUGAGACCAACAUCCACAACUGUGGACCAGAGUUUGAGUGCCAAAACACCCAAGGGUCAUUCAGAUGUCUUCCAAAGGUGAAAUGUGGUGCUGGGUUUAUCCAGGAUGCCCUUGGUAACUGCAUUGAUAUCAAUGAAUGUGUCACUCAGACGAAUCCGUGCCACCGAGGUCAGAUCUGUAUCAACACAGUCGGCUCCUACACCUGUCAGAGGAACUCUGUGAACUGUGGCAGAGGAUAUCACCUCAAUGAAGAGGGCACACGCUGUGUUGAUAUUGAUGAGUGCAAGGGUCCUGAGCCGGUCUGUGGAGGUCAUGGCUGCAUAAACAUGGUGGGCUCUUACCGUUGUGAGUGUGAGCCUGGAUACAUUUUCAACAGCAUCGGCCGGACCUGUGAGGAUAUUAAUGAAUGCAGACACUAUCCCGGCCGCCUCUGUGCUCACAAGUGUGAGAACACUCUGGGAUCAUACAAGUGUAGCUGCACCACCGGCUUCAAACUCUCUGCUGAUGGCAGGAAUUGUGACGAUUUGAAUGAAUGUGAAGCGAACCCCUGCAGUCAAGAGUGUGCUAAUGUGUACGGCUCCUACCAGUGUUACUGUCGCCGAGGCUACCAGCUCAGUGACAUCGAUGGCAUGACUUGUGAAGAUAUCGAUGAGUGUGCUCUGCCUACCGGAGGUCAUAUUUGCUCUUAUCGCUGUCACAACACUCCUGGCAGCUUCCACUGUUCCUGUCCUGUCAGCGGCUACACCUUGGCAUCUAAUGGGCGCAGCUGUCAGGAUAUUGAUGAAUGUUUGACGGGAACACACACAUGCACAGAGAAUCAGAGCUGCUUUAAUGUACAGGGUGGUUUCAGAUGUCUGUCCUUUGAGUGUCCUAACAACUACAGGCGUGUUGGAGAGACACUGACGAGGCUUGAACGCUCUGACACCAUCCGCUGCAUAAAGGCUUGUCAGCCCAAUGACGUCGCCUGUGUCCUGGACCCCACACACUCUAUAUCCCACACCUUCAUCUCCCUGCCCACCUUCAGAGAGUUCACCAGGCCAGAGGAGAUCGUCUUCCUGAGGACGACGGUGCCUGCUUAUGGAACUUAUCACUUGGGCAGCUACGACGUCAAGUUCGACAUCCUGGAGGGCAAUGUGGAGAACGCCUUUGACAUCCUGAAGCGGGUUGAGAAUGGAAUGUAUGUGGGUGUUGUUCGCCAGGUGAAGCCUCUGAUUGGUCCAGUUUCUACUGUACUCAAACUGUCCAUGCGCAACCUGACAACCCAGGGGGACUCUGGCCAGAACAUCAUCAACGUUCAUGUUUUUGUCUCUGAGUUUUGGUUCUGAAAAGAAGAUCCUAAAUUGUACCACAUGUAUUAAAGGAUGUAUGCUGUCAGCACUGUCCACAUUGGUUUGAUAAUAUCAAUGCAUAGAUCAGUGUCCAGGAUUCAAUGGUAUGCUUGAUUACUUCUGACAGUUUUUGAGAUGAAAGGCUGCAAACUGCUUUUGAUGAGAGGUUGGGUUGUUUUUGACAAGCUCAGCCAGAUGUGAAGUCCAAUGUUGCAUCUGGAAUAAUGGAGCUGAAUAUGGGGAGGCUUUAUUUCAUAAUAAAUUGAGGCUUCCAGAGCGUAUUUAAACAGAAAGUGCAUGCAUUUAGAAAGGAUAUGAUGAUAUAUUUCUUUAAUAUUCUUUUUUGACAUCAUAAGCCUUUGUUUUGUACCAUUCACUUUUCCUUUCUCACUGUAUGCAUUAGAUGAGCUAUUUUUUUCUAUGGAAUAAACACUAUUUUAUUUACUGAA